GCGGGAGUCCUUCCCGGCUCCUUCCCUCCCUCAUCCGGGUCCUGGGCGAGCGGGCGCCGUGCGCGUGUCCCGUGGCCGAGCUGCUAAUAAAGUUGCACCGAGGGGAAGCGCAGCGACGGCGCCGGGAGAGGGUGCCCAGGCGGCUGGAGACUCUGAAGUCAUUUCUGUAAGAAAUGACAAAACGUAUCCAUGAGAGGGUUAUCUAGUCGGGUCUUCACAAACCAGAAGUAAACUAUAAAAGGCCAAGGACUUGAACCAAUGAAAGAAGCUUAUGGCACUUAUGAAGAGAAAUGUCACUCCUCCCUUUUUAAUUGGAACUUCUGUUUAGGACCUGUAUAUGACUUUUCACCUGUCAUCUGUUCUUUCACUAGCCACUGACUUUGAGUUGCAGGAAGGUCUCUGAAGAUUUAUAUCAAAUGACGUCAAUGGCCAGCUUGUUUUCUUUUACUAGUCCAGCAGUAAAGCGAUUGUUGGGCUGGAAGCAAGGUGAUGAAGAGGAGAAAUGGGCCGAAAAGGCAGUCGAUGCUUUGGUGAAAAAGCUAAAAAAGAAAAAGGGUGCCAUGGAGGAACUGGAGAAAGCCUUGAGCAGUCCAGGACAGCCGAGCAAGUGUGUCACUAUUCCCAGAUCUUUAGAUGGACGCCUGCAGGUGUCUCACAGAAAAGGCUUACCCCACGUUAUAUAUUGUCGUGUUUGGCGCUGGCCUGAUUUGCAGAGUCAUCAUGAGCUGAAGCCAUUGGAUAUUUGUGAAUUUCCUUUUGGAUCUAAGCAAAAAGAAGUUUGUAUCAACCCAUACCACUAUAAGAGAGUGGAGAGUCCAGUCUUACCUCCAGUAUUAGUGCCUCGUCAUAAUGAAUUCAAUCCACAACACAGCCUUCUGGUUCAGUUUAGAAACCUGAGCCACAAUGAACCGCACAUGCCACAAAAUGCAACUUUUCCAGAUUCUUUCCACCAGCCCAACAACACUCCUUUUCCCUUAUCUCCAAAUAGCCCCUAUCCCCCUUCCCCUGCAAGCAGCACAUAUCCCAACUCCCCAGCAAGUUCUGGACCAGGAAGUCCAUUUCAGCUUCCAGCUGAUACUCCUCCUCCUGCCUAUAUGCCACCAGAUGAUCAAAUGGGUCAAGAUAAUUCCCAGCCCAUGGAUACAAGCAAUAAUAUGAUUCCUCAGAUUAUGCCCAGUAUAUCCAGCAGAGAUGUUCAGCCUGUUGCCUAUGAAGAGCCUAAACAUUGGUGUUCAAUUGUUUACUAUGAAUUAAACAAUCGUGUUGGAGAAGCUUUUCAUGCAUCUUCUACUAGUGUGUUAGUAGAUGGAUUCACAGACCCUUCCAAUAACAAAAGUAGAUUUUGCUUGGGGUUAUUGUCAAAUGUUAAUCGUAAUUCAACAAUUGAAAACACUAGGCGACAUAUUGGAAAAGGUGUUCAUCUGUACUAUGUUGGUGGAGAGGUGUAUGCAGAGUGUCUCAGUGACAGCAGCAUAUUUGUACAGAGUAGGAACUGCAACUUUCAUCAUGGCUUUCAUCCUACCACUGUCUGUAAGAUUCCCAGCAGCUGCAGCCUCAAAAUUUUUAACAAUCAAGAGUUCGCGCAGCUUCUGGCUCAAUCCGUCAACCAUGGGUUUGAGGCAGUAUAUGAGCUCACCAAAAUGUGCACCAUUCGAAUGAGUUUUGUCAAGGGCUGGGGAGCAGAAUAUCACCGGCAGGAUGUUACCAGCACCCCAUGUUGGAUUGAGAUUCAUCUUCACGGGCCUCUUCAGUGGUUAGAUAAGGUCCUCACUCAGAUGGGCUCUCCUCUGAACCCCAUAUCUUCUGUUUCAUAGUGCAGAAGUAUUCUUUUCAAUUCUAUUAUUAGUGGACUUGUUUUAAUUUUAGGGAAACUUUCAGUACAGAUACUGUGAGCUUACAUGGAAAACAGCUUAUUUUUUUUUUCUACAUAAUUGUGACCAAUACAUUUGUAUUUUGUGAUGAAUCUACAUUUGUUUGUAUUAAUGUUCAUGUGAUUAACUCUCAAAAGUGUUGAGAAAGAUGCAGAGUAAUUAUCGUGCCCCAGUUCAAAAGUUUGGCAUUAAUUUUAAACUGGAACACACUUUUGCCUUCUUGUUCCAACAAUAAGGAAAAAUUUGUUAAAUUUUUUUGAAAAAGUAAUACAUUACAUGAUGAAAAAUUAUAAUAGUAUGGGAGGGUAAACAGUGAAAAGUCUUCCCUUUCACUCUUGAUCCUCCAGAAGCUGUACUUUUACCAGUUUCUUUGUCCCACCAGCUUUAAAAAAGUAUAAUUCAUUGUUCUAUAAAAGCAUAUAGUAGGGGCUUAAAAGAAACUAUAAAAAAAUCUAUUUGAAGGAACACUAUGCACUGCUCUAACAAGUAGUGUUCAGUAAAAGCAGAGUGAUAGUUUUAUAGGUGACACCAUAAAAUUUACAUUUAAUACAGCUAAAUGUUUUGUUGUAUUGUGACUUCACUCAGUAUAUCUUUUGUAAAACAUUUCCUUUUUUUAAAAAAAAAAAAUAUAUAUUGCCAACAACCGAUUUUCAAUAUAUGUCAUUUACUUGGAAUCUGUCAUAAGUACUACUUUAUAGCUAGUGACAGUGCAUGCACGGCCUUGUUCAGCUAUGUUUGCUGCUUUUGGCCAGUGUUGCAAGAACUCUAAUUUUGAGAUGCAUUAAUCUUUUAUUUUGCACUUUGAUGGGUGACAGUUUUUAAUGUAACCUUUUGUGAAACACACUCAAGUGACUUAGAUGCUCAUCCAUACUUCCUUGGUACCCUUUUGUAUUAACAAACACUGCAGUUUAUAGAUUACAGUUGUAGGAAGUUAUGCUUUUUCUAGCUUUUGUUGUAUUUUCAACCUAGAUUAUAAGACUGUUAUUCUGUAGCUCCAACCUAAGGUGCCUUUUUAAUUCCAGUUUUAUGGAUGUUAUUAAUGUUGGGAAAUCAUGUACUUAAGCCCAUUGCUCUUAUUUGUUUUGCAUCAGUCUCUCCAUGCAAGGACCUGUGUACUGUAACCAUAGGAGCCUCUUCAGUCUGGCCCCAAGGAUGAGGCUACUAGCUUGAUACUUAAAUGAAUCAGCAGUGGUUGUUGAGAUAGCUGAUUUUAAAACUUUCAUGUAUCAAAGAAUACAGACUGUUCUUUCAGUUACCAUGCUCUGUUGUUUUCCUUUUUUUUUUUUUUUUUUAGUACCUAUAUGAAUGCUAGUCUCCCAGAACACAAUUCUCAGAGAGGAAAGACAUGAAAACUAUAAAAUAUCCAUUUAAUCAAUCAUGCUUAAAGGCUGUGGGGUAAAAGACUCACCCUCUUUUUCUAGGGAGCAGUAAGAUGGACUCAUAAUCAUGGCAUGAAAACAAUGACCUAAUUUACCUAUCAGAAGAAGCUUAUGUUCUGGUGCCUUUUGAAAGUAUUUGGAGCCAUGUCAGUCUUCUGUUUAAAAUGUUAGUUUGGUUUGACUUUUUGCCUUGCCCUUUCUGCUUUUAUGAGGAAGAAAAUGCAUUUUUUGUGGAAAAGAGAAUGCAGUUCCUCUUGUUUUCUGUGACAUUAUUUAUUGCUUUUACAAAGUGCAGCCAAUGGAUGGUUUUAGUUCUUUCAAAUGAAGUGCCAUAUGUGUUUCAGCUCACAGGGUGGUAAGAGGAUACUUUCUGAUAGUCACCUGAGCCUUAAACAUACGUUUUACAUGACAUGCAUUCUCAAUCUUCCAGAGUUGUGUCAACCACAUGAAAGAGGAUAAGAGGAUAUUAUUUGCUUAGUGAUAGAACAAUUUUAAUUUACAUCAUUGGUUUACUUAACCAGGCUUAUGGCACAAUCUUUGGAACAAAUUUGUAGAAAAAAUCACCCUGCUCGAAUGACAGAUACAUGUAAUCAACUUCAGUGGGCUUCAGCUGGUGGAAACUAUCAAAUUGUUUUAUUGAUGUUUUUGGUUGAGUUAAUUAAAAAUUAUUUUUACUCAUGUCAUAGCCUUUAGGAUUUUAAGUGAUUGGUCUUUUCUGUGUUUUCUCUAUGGAGUUGUGUCUCACGAAUGACCAUGCUGAAGCUAUUAACUGUUAAGAGUUUCACAAAGCAUUAGCCUGUUGUAUUUCCUAAAAGUUGUUAACUCCACAUCCCUGGCUUUUAAAUGAAAACUUUAUCUAGCUGCUUCUAUGAUUCCUGAAGAUGCUGAAUAUCCAUGGAUGGGAAAUAAAAAUUGCCAGUAAGAUUUUUUAAAGAGCAAGUGCAAUUCUGACCAGUGAAAAGAAUCCAUACCUCUGAAAGAAACCAUUUCAGAAAAUUACAGUAUUAAGUUUUUAUUUAAUUUCCAGAAUGGUUUAUAAAACAUUAAUACCAGUAAAAUAAUCAUUUUAUAGCAUGUACAACAUAUUAAUGUAUGGCAGCUGAGAAAGACAGUCUGGGAAUAAUAAAAUUAUAACUAAUUUGGUAAAUGCAGAAGAAUAGAAUCAAAAUCCCAGUAAUGAAUUAAAACAGCAAAAAGAUAUUGAUUGGAAAAAAAGCAAGUUAAGAGGUGUAUUUGACUAAUAUCUCUGUGUAACAGAUAUUGUGGUCUGAUUGGUAUUGCCUAGCUUAAGUUGUGGAAUGUAAACUAGCAGGCGUAUUAUUGAUCUGUGGAAUGUAACUUUUUGUUUUUAGAGAAAAUUUGAGGAAGACCAGUCAAAAUGUCAAAUAUAUACAUCAGCAUAUAAACAUUUUUCACAUUUUAUUGUUGUUAUAUAAGAAAACAAUAGAAUUGGCUGGGUUUCUGAGGAGAAAUCCACAGUAAGAUUACUAGAUAGUUCAGUAAGCUACAUCUAAUAGUACAGAAAGAAGAUGUAGCCAUUUUAUACUUUUUAUACAUUUGAGAGUAAGACAUCCUUUUAGGAUGUAAAAUGAUCAGUAAGUAUUCAGAUCUGAAAUGUAUUGUCAAUACAAGAACUGGGGCUCACAUUAUAAAACCUUCAGUGCUACCUGGGGGUACCUGUGGGAAACGGUUCCCCUGUAAUAGUGUUCUGCUGAAGAGAAAAGUUUAUACAGAAAAAGAAACCCUACUAAUAGCAGAGAGACUAAAAAGUUGGAUAGUACCUGCUUAAAUGCUGUGCUUCUAUUAUAGAGAGCAUCUAAUAUACCAGUUUAGAUCCAUUUCUUUAUACUUUUUCUAGUUAUUUGUUUAAUAUUACUUUGGAUCAUUAUAACUUUUCUACUUAAAAUAUAUUAAUACCUUUUAUACUUCCUGAAGAAGGAAGAAUCUAUUGAUAAUUACUGAAUUCAGCUCCCAGUGAUGACUUAAAUUUUGGACCUGUUAAGUUUAGGAGGUUCAGAGCCCGCCCUUGUCUUCUUAGUUAACUCCUCACUUAAUCUCUCAGGUGAGAAUAUAAGUAUGUUUUCCUUUUUAUACCCAUCAGCUAGAUAAGCAUUAAUCAUUUAAGAUAGUAGAUAGCCUGGUGGUUUUAGAAGUGUUUGGUGAUUUUUAUGGGAGUGAGUUUUCCUAAGCAUUGGUUUAUGGAUGGUCUCCUCAGAUCCUAACUAGGGCAGCUUUUCGGGGGAGGGGGGUGGUAAUCUUCAGGCUUGAUGCCUGUUUUUCCCAGAACAGCAGCAUUUUUCUCGUUGGUACAGGUAGGAUUUUGGGGAGGUUUUCUUCUCAUAGAAGAUGCAUGUUUGGAAGUGGGCAUCUUUUUGCAUAAAUAGUUCUACCUGCUGCACAGAAACUUGGACAGUUCUUUGGAAUUCAGUGGAUUGCAGUUUAGCAUGUCCUGACUACAAGAGGUAACAGUCUUUAUCAAGCCUUUGUUAUGAACAAAUCUUCUGAAAUACAACUAUGUUAUAAUUGAAGUAUUACCUGAAAAUUAGAUGGUUUACAAAAACCACAGUGAGGGAUUUUACAUAUCAAUUUGUUUUUUAAAAAGUAAGACUUUAUGCUGUAAUAUUUGCUGGUAGCAAUUGCUGCAAAACCAGUGAUGAGCUGUUUUGUUGAAAAAGAUCCAUACAGAGCAGGAUUCUUCUGUCAUUCAUGGCAAAAUGAAAACGGUUUGUAUGGUUCUUGUCUAAAUAAUUCUGUUCUUAAAAUUCUUAAAAUCAUCAUACCAUUGUCCUUUAAGGUUUUAUUUGAAGAUUCUCUUUUUAAAAUGUUCAGGAUUUUGUGUACAGGUAGAUAACCGCCCCCACCCCCCGCCCAGUUAUUAGGUAGUGCCUUGUUAAUACUAGCUGUUGUUAGUUAUAACCAAACUCCAGUGAUGCCAAACAAACCCAAGUUCUUUGAAAAAGAAAUCUUUUAGAGUCAGAUUUUCCCUUCUAAUACCAUUGAUUGCAGAUGAUGUUGCUUUGAUUUAUUCAUAAAGUAUUUUAAUUAUAGGGACUCUUGAAGAUAAUAGUUGGGCAAGUGGUUUUCUUCUUAACCUGGUUGGUUAAGGUUGCAUUUUGAAAAUCACUUAUUUUAAAAUUGGAUAAGAUUGUAAUCGUGAAAACUGGAUAUUUGUACGUACCUACCCAUGUUCUCUUAAAAAGAUAUUUCAUGUGCAGAUGAUAAAGACCAAACCAAUGGCUGCACUAUAGUAUAGGUCUGCUUAUUUGUAUUUGUUCUGCUUCUCUUUUUGUUGUAGCAAAUGAAAUUCUAGCAACAUGCUUCAAUUCUGUUAUCUUUUUGAUACUUAUAAAAAUGUAUUAGGUUUUACUAUAUCAUGCUUUUCAAAGCCAUAACUCUUAAGAACUUCAUUUUUGCAUAUUGUUUGCUAAUACUUUAUUUUAAUAAACCUCAAAACCCACUUAA